AUGGCUGACAAGCAUCGACCGAGCGAUGCGACAGUGAAAAGGACAGUCUUGUGUCCGAGGGAAGCACAUUUCGUGUGCAUCAGCAGCUGGUUCAGCUGCGUUACGUUCAUUUGUGGACUGGGCAGCCUCGUGAUUCCAUUCCUUCAUCCUUCGACGAUAGAGGCUGCGCCCGCACCAAUACUGGUAGCGGAGCCUUCUCUCAGACUGAGGGUUGGCUCCGAGACCAGGGACCUUGGUGGCGCUUCGCUCUCCGUGAUCCAGACCAGAACCUCGAUGCAGAACACCGCCCAUGCCGAAGCUCGAGGUCUUGACCAGGUGACGUGGUCAGGGGAAUACUCUGGCUGGAGGGAUUAUGUCAGGAGAGUGCAGCUUGCGUAUGAAAGAACGGAGCGCAAGAAGCGGAAGUUGCUGGGCGCCGAGCUGGCAUCACGACUCCGAGGCAAGGCUUGGGAAGUCGCUGUGGAAGUGGACCAUGGCCAGCUGUGCAAGAAGAGUGGGCCCCGCUACUUGCUUCGCUUCUUAGAGGAGCGCCUCCUCAAGAGCCCGAUCAACGACCUCGGCAUCCGCCUCGAGGACAUGUUUGUGAAGCUACGCCGGUCUCCAGGGACUCCAAUGGCACAAUGGGCCAGUCAAGUGAGAGAGCAGUACCGCAUGCUCAGACGCUCUCUUGGCAAGCUGAAGCUGGAGAAGGGAGCCAAGAACUUGGCUCUUACCCGGGACAAUGUGCGGCAGCUGGAUGACGCACCUUCACGACGCGGAGCUGUAGAGGGCAAUGCUCGACGACGCUCGGUGGAGGAACCCGAGCCUCUUCGUGGAGAAUCUGCGAGCUUGAGGCACAGUGCCACUACGCUCAGCCCUGGAGACAGCCCUGCAGGUGCAGCUGCCGAUGGUCCUCGUGCUUCCCCUGACGGCGAUCCUCCGGAAGAUGAACAACGAGCCGGAAGAGAUUCGCGACCUGAUGCUCACGAUGCCGAUCCUGGAGAACAUCCUCAGCAUCACCGCCUCGAUGAUUGGGACUGGGACCGCCGAAGUUGGGGGCAUCAGAGCAGAUGGAGCCAUCGUGACUGGCAACGAUGGAAGGCCGGGAAGUGGUCUGCACAGGAUGGUGACGACUCCUCCGACGAGUCCAUCAUCGAGUGGGAGGAGUUCUUGCAUGACGAGGACAUCCUGCCGGAGGAGAUCCUUGGAUGGAUACUUCUGAGGAAAGCAGGCUUGAGCCCAUCGGCCAGGCUGGCGGUACAGAGCGCGGUGCAAGGCGACCUGUCGUUCGACCGUGUUGAGCGCACUCUGCGAGAUCAGGAAGAAGAACUCCUGGGACUUGAAAGAAAGGGAUCUGGUAAGGGGAAACAGGCUCCGAGACGUUCCUUCUGGGUGGAAGAUGAAGGACAUUGGGGGCUUGUAACAUGUUCCCUGGAAGAUGAGUUUUCCGAGGACCAGAUUGCUUGGUGGCAUGAACCAGGAGAGGUACCUGAACCCGAUGAUGAGACGGCGUCUUGCUGGACUUCGUCACCGGCCGGACAUGAUGUGGAAUGGACAAUGUGGAAUGACGAAUGGAUGACUCAGGACAGCGAUGGUGUAUGGUGGACCUUCGCGGACGUCAAGCCUUGGAUGGACAUCGAAGAGGUAAUGCUUGCAGAUCCCAGCCUGGGACAGGAGAUGGCAGAGAUCUAUGGCCAGUUUGAAGCUAAGCGUCGCACCUUCCAGGAAAGCCGAAAGAUCAUGAAAGACAAGCUCCUGGGAAGAGGCUUCUUUCCAUCUGGAGGCAGGAAGGGUGGCCCUCGAAAGGGCAAAGGCGGACGUUUCAGCGGCAGCGCUGCUGGCAAGGGAGGUUUCUCCCCAGUUCGCAGUCAGGCAUCCUCUGUGUUUGGCGCCAAAGGCUUCCAGAAAGGUGGCCUCAAACCUGGAGCAGUGGGGCAGAAGGGCUACUCAGGGUGCUUUAUCUGUGGUCAACGAGACCAUGACUACAGGUCGUGCCCGAAAAGGAGCCAAGGUGGAACCGCUGCCCUGACUGAGGCUGUCCAUGCUGCCUUCAUGGUGCUGGAGAUGGAUGUUCAAGAAGCUCCCCCGCCUGACGAAGGAGAAGUUCUUCAUGCCGCGACCAGUGCGCCUGAGAACCACAACUGUGUCUAUGCAACGACCUCGUAUUCCUUCCAGGGCAAGGCGGUUAUCGACACCGGAGCCACGGAAACCAUCGGCUCCAUCCAUGCAAUCCACCAGCUGAUGGAGUUGAAGGGCCAGAAUGGAGAGACUGCCAAGGUGAAAGUGUAUCCGCAGCACACACGGCGCUUUAAGUUCGGCGAUGGCAAGGUGGCAGAUGCGCUUUCCUACAUUGAAGUGCCCCAGACCCUCAAUGGCAAGACGGUGUAUCUCGGGAUGUAUGUCUUCGACUCUCAGGAUGUGCCCAUCUUGAUCAGCAUUAAAACAUUGCGCAAGCUAGGAGCCUUGUUGGACGUUGCUCGUAGCAUGGUGGUGUUUCAAGGCGUUGAUGCUCAGCUUGCCAUACAGCUUGAGGUUUCUCCUAGUGGGCAUCUCCUUUUGGACCUGACAAAGGACUGGCUAACAUCGUCAGUCAAUCUUGCAGCAGAGACCGACACUCCGCAGUCAGCGCAAUACAUGCCUCACGUUUGCGUGCACAGUCGACCAGCCAGUGCUCGUGUUCGCCAGCAGACGUGCAGGCCCUUCGAUCCACCAUCAGAGCCCUGGAAAGAGUCCGACCUCUCAGUUCCCAUGGCAGCGCCGUCCACUCCUUCAACAGCAGCUUCAGAGCAGAUCCCCAAGGUGCCCGCCAAAGGGAAGAACAAGGAGAAGAAGGAGAAAGUGGAUCCUCGCCUGAAGUACGACUACUCCAGAACCCAGCUGGCGGACGGACGCGACCCACGUGCUCAGGGACCACCGUGCAUGGGUGCUCACAAGGCAAUGCCCAUGGGGCGCGGAAGUCUGAGCGGAAGGAAUGCCUCAGCGGAGUGGAUCGUCUGCGAAACGUGUCGCAUACGCUUGUCUUACACCCCGUCCUUCGGGGCCACCGGGCAUUGCCGACAGGCGGGGCCUCUUCCGCAGGACGUGAUGACCACCGUGACGGCGCUGGGCGAGGACGUGAAGAAGCCGGAAAUGAGGGGUUACUUGAACUCCAAGGAUGUGGCCCUGGCGGGUGCAGAAGCAUCCUUGCAACGUCGGCUCAAGACCAUCCAAGCCGAGAGAGGAGCCCGAGCAAAAGCUGUCGGACGGCCGGUGAUCUCGAUCGACAAGAAGCAGGACGAGGUGAGAGACAAGAAGGAGGACAGCCCAGAUUCGGUGACAUCGUGGAGCGAUGUUCAAGUCCCGCCGGCGGGAGCACCUUCGAUGGCAGAGACGCCGGGCAAGAAGGCUGCGCGUCGGAACGAGAAGUCAGCAGAGGACCAAGAGUUUGCGGAGAACCUGCAGAAGUGA